AUGUCAAGAUACAGCCCAAUUGUUCAGGAGCUUCGCGACGAGCUACUUUGGGAAGUCGAUGACCUCGAGCAGGCUGUUAAAAACGCUAGGAGAUGGGACAUUCCCGAGUUGGACAAGUAUGGCAUAAUCUCGGCCAGAGGCUUCCUGGACUUUGCUGACUGGCUGGUCCGAGGCUGGGUCCCAACUGAGGCGACCCAAGGUCGGGAUAUCUACUACAUUCUCUGUGUCUUUUAUUUCAUCCUGUCCCAGGAGCCGUUGGGCUCUCGUCAGACACGAAUUGUCCCCAAGAACAUCAAUAAGCCGCUCAAGCCGCUGUCCGACUGGGUGGUCAAUUUUGCGAGGGAGAUAGGAAGAAGUAUGGACAAACCAUCCUCAAUAAACGAGGCGGCCAUAACGAGCUUUCGUAAUUCUCCGCUCUAUCGUGUCUUCGAAUCCGAGGCAGAUGCUCCCAAUUGGAAAAGUUUUAAUCGUUUCUUCUGUCGGAAGCUGGAUAGCCCUCGUGAAAUUGACUGCCCCGAUGAUGAUCAUGUUGUGGCUUUCCCUGCGGAUUCCACAUACGCUGGGGCCUACUCGAUCAGCGACGAGAGUGAGGUGGUCCUCAAGCAUGUCCCAUGGAAGGUAAAAGAUCUUCUCGGGAAAUAUGGCGAGACUAAGCUUCCUGAUGAUAACACUCGCACCUAUGGGGAGAUUUUUAAAGAUGGACUCUGGUCCCAUGUUUUCUUGAAUUCCUUUGACUACCACCGCCAGCAUUCUCCGGUCUCAGGAACGGUGGAGGUUAUUGAUGUGAUCGAAGGCGCCGCCUAUCUCGAAGUUCAGGUCAAGAUGGACCAGCAGGUUGGCCACAAUUACCUGGAGCUCUGUCGCCGGAUCGGUGAACGUGAAAAUAAUCCAUCUGGUAUCAUCACCCUCGCAGCCCCUGACACUCCAGGCUAUCAAUUCCUUCAGACGCGAGGAGUCAUUAUCAUCAACAAUGACCAUCUGGGCAGGGUCGCCGUCCUGCCUAUUGGAAUGGCAAUGGUCUCUUCUGUUAAUGUGAAGAGAGAGCUGCAGGGGCAGAAAGUCAAGAAGGGUGAUGAGAUUUCAUACUUCGCCUUCGGCGGGUCCGACUGUGUGAUGAUGUUCGAGCGAAGGGCGCGAGUUUCGGGCUUCCCUGAUUCUGACCCAGCCUCACGAGAGCAUUUCUUUUAUGGGGAAAAGUUGUGCAGGGCAUACUACAGAGAGGAAAGAGAGGUUAAAACUUUUGGAUCCCGUUUCGGUUUGCCUUCCAGAUAA